AAAAUAACUCUUUUCUAAUUAUCAAAAUAACAGUAAAAUAUACUUUUUGGUUUUUUACAAUAAAAUAAAAUGAUAAUAUUUCUUCUCUAGAAACUACACCAGUAUUAUCCUGAACCCUGAAACUACACCAGUAUUAUCCUAAAUGCAUCUUUACUGAUCUCCACCAGGCAAAAAGAUCUACACUGAUUCAUCAGAUAUUAGAACCGUCUUAUACUAUGCACUAUUUUAGACUACAUUUGUGUACGCUUUUACAUAGACACAUAUUAAUUAAUUUUGUGAAAAAAGAUCCAUUUGGAUUUUCCUCUGUGCUAUAAAUAGAAAAUAAUAAAUUCUCUAAGAGAUUUAUAAGUACACAAACUCGAUUCUUCUAAAAUAAGGAAAACCAUUGAUUUUCCGAGUACACAGACAUAAAUAUUUGCUACCUAAAUAUCCGAACUUAGGACUCUUCCGUCUGACUUGUUACUUUAAUAAUUUACUACAACUCUGUUUUAGCCAUCCAUCAUCAUCAUUGUCUCUUUCAAAACACAAGACAAUAGAAAAAGCCGUCUCUUUUACUUUCUUUCUCUCACUUGAAACAAUUCUCAAACGACUCAGUAUUUUUUUUAUUCUUUCUUUCUUUCUUUCUUUCUUGAUCGUUUGGUGUUCUCUCUUCCUCUGUUCAUAACGGAUUCUUUCUUUCACUUCUUCUCUUCAGCUUCUUACAAACUGAAGUGGGAGUGGGGAUCUGAAACGACCCUUUCUCUGUCUCUCUCCACUCUUCUGUAUUCGGUCAUAAAUUUUGUAGCUUGGCUAUAAAAUUUGAGUAUAUUGGAUGGUGAUGAAGAAGAAGAAGUGAAGGGAAUUUAAAUUUAAUUUAAUUUAAUUUAAUUUUUUGAAGAAAUGGGUGGAAAAAGAAAUAGGGAAUUUUUAGCUAAAGAAGCAACAGAGUUUCUGAAUCAUGUAAUGGUGGAAAGGUCUUUGUUUCCUUUCAUGAUUCCUAUGGUUUUUGUUGCUUGGAUUAUUGAACGCUGGUUAUUUCCUUUCUCAAAUUGGGUUUUGCUUGCUGUCUCUGUUUGGGCAACAAUUCAGUAUUGUAGGUAUCAACGGAAGGUUCUUAUAGACGACUUAAACAAAAGAUGGAAGCAAGUUCUCUUGUAUACAUCGCCCAUUACACCAUUAGAGCAGUGUGAGUGGCUGAACAAGUUAUUCAUGGAAAUUUGGUCUAACUCUAUUAACCCAAAGCUUGCAAAUAAGUUUUCGUCAAUUGUUGAGAAACGCCUAAAACAUCGAAAACCGAGAUUCAUUGAAAAAAUCGAAUUGCAGGAGUUCUCACUAGGUUCAACCCCACCCAGUUUUGGGCUGCAUGGGACACGUUGGUCAACUUCGAGUGAUCAGCAAAUCUUGCAUAUGGGCCUCGAGUGGGACUCAAACAGUGUAAAUAUAAUGUUGCUGGCAAAAUUGGCAAAGCCAUUAUCUGGGACUGCUCGAAUUGUUAUUAACAGCAUUCACCUCAAAGGAGAUCUUCGCAUCAUGCCCAUUCUUGAUGGGCAAGCUCUUUUGUAUUCAUUUGAACCAACUCCUGAGGUGAGGAUCGGCGUUGUCUUUGGAAAAGGAACCCAAACACUUCCUGCGACUGAACUGCCAGGUGUUAAUUCUUGGUUGGUCAAGCUUUUCACUGAUACCUUGGUAAAGACAAUGGUCGAACCUCGUCGCCGAUGCUACUCUUUGCCUCCAAUUGUUCUCAAUAAAAAGGCUGUUGGAGGCAUAUUUUCUGUGACUGUUGUUUCAGCAACUACACAACUCCCAGAUAAAUUGAAAGGAUGCAAUUCUGGAGGCCUGGAAAGCUCUGUAAGAAAUGGUAAUUCCGAAGGAUAUUCAGGCAACGGAGUUGGACAAACAUUUGUUGAAGUUGAACUCGAGGAGUUAACGAGAAGAACGAAUGCUAGCCCAGGUCCAGACCCUAAAUGGGAUUCCACCUUUAAUAUGGUCCUGCAUGAUGAUGCUGGAAUUAUAAAAUUUAAUCUCUAUGAAUGGAUUCCAAACAAUUUGAAGCAUAACUAUAUAACUAGUUGUGAAGUGAAGGUGAGGUAUGUUGCGGACGACUCCACUACGUUCUGGGCAAUAGGACCUAGAUCCAGUGUACUAGCCAAACGGGUUACAUUUGAUGGUCAAGAAGUUGAAAUGGUUAUCCCAUUUGAGGGACCUAAUUUAGGAGAGCUGACAGUGAGGUUAGUGCUGAAAGAAUGGCAGUUUGCAGAUGGUUCGGUUAGCUCAAACAACACUUCUAUUGUUGGCUCUCAACGGUCUAUGAAUCGCCCAUCAGAUGAUCAUCCAAGAACAGGAAGGAAAAUCAAGUUAACUGUUGUGGAAGGGAGAGAUUUGGUGGUAAAGGAUAAAGCUGGAAAGUCCAACGCAUAUGUAAAACUACAGUAUGGGAAGGGUCUUUACCGAACAAAGACUGCAAAUGUAUUGAAACCUGUCUGGAGUGAUAAGUUUGAACUCGAUGAGAUUGGAGGUGGUGAAUAUCUUAAGAUAAAAUGUUACUCCGAAGACACUUUUACUGAUGACAACAUUGGAAGUGCACGAGUGAAUUUGGAAGGAUUGCUUGAAGGCUCUGUGAGAGACAUUUGGGUACCUCUUGAAAAAGUCAGUGCAGGAGAACUGAGGCUUCAAGUAGAAGCAGUGAAAGUUGAUAACUACGAACUAUCUGGGAGUUCUCACGGAGGAUCUGGGAAUGGAUGGAUUGAAUUAGUUAUCAUUGAGGCGAGGGAUCUUAUUGCUGCUGAUUUAAGGGGAACAAGUGAUCCAUAUGUGCGUGUCCAUUACGGAAACUUAAAGAAACGAACAAAGGUUACAUAUAAGACUCUCACGCCUCAAUGGAACCAAACAUUAGAAUUUCCUGAUGAUGGUAGUCAGUUAGAGUUACAUGUGAAGGAUUAUAAUGCCCUGCUACCAACGUCCAGCAUUGGAGAUUGUGUUGUAGAAUAUCUGUGGUUACCACCAAACGAGACGGCUGACAAGUGGAUACCUCUCCAAGGAGUGAAAAAAGGAGAGAUCCACAUAAAAGUAACACGCAAAAUUCCAGAGCUACAAAAGAGACCCAGUACAGAUUCCAAUAGUUUGCAUCUGACUAAAGCCAAUCAAAUUUCUGAACAGAUGAGACAAGUCCUGAGAAGGCUUCGAAGGCUAGUUGACGACGCGGAUGUGGAAGCUUUAUCACUUGCAGUGAGUGAGAUGGAAAGCAUUCAAAAAGUAGAGGAAGACUACAUGGUACAGCUAGAGUCUGAACAGUCUCUGCUCAUAAAUAAGAUUGGUGAGCUUGGUCAAGAAAUGUACAAAUGCUCACCUUCCCCAAGCAGGAAAAACUCCGGUAGUAAAAACUCGAAUUAAUAUUUAUCUUCCUUUAUAGAUACUGAUUUUUAAAUGUUCGAUAGUCUUAUUCGGUUUCCACAUAGUGUAAAUUUGCAAACAGGCAUUACUAUUUAGUGAUAAAGAAAGGUGAGAAUAAGAUGUUACCCAUAAAAAACA